UAACAAGCUAAAUUAAUGGCAGUUUUCGCUCAUCAUCUCCUUCUCUCUCUGCAAUUUCUCGCAGCAAAACCCUAACAAAACCCUCUCUUUCUCUCCUCUCUGAAUAUUGCAUUGCAGAAAAAAAAAUGGCAUUAGCAACACCAAAUCUAUUCUCCAACUGCCCUAAUUUUAAUUUUUCCCGCAAAAAAGCAGUUCCUCUCAUGUUUUCUCUCUCCACUUUCCGCCCUUCUUCUUCCUCCUCUCUCAGGAUUCUCCAAAUUAUCCCGAGAAAUAGUAGAAGAAUUAUUUGUUCUGCUGCUUCUGCAGCUGGAAGCUCUAGCUUCGACAGCGAAUCGAAUCCUUAUGAGGUGCUUGGAGUGAGCCCCAUCGAGGGCUUUGACAUGAUUAAGGCGGCCUAUACUAAAAAACGUAGAGAUGCUGAACGAAGAGGUGAUGAAGCCACUGCUGCCUUGUUAGAAAGGGCUUACGACAAGAUCAUGAUGGCACAACUAACUAAGAGGAAAAAAGGGGAGACAUUUGGUUCAUUUAAGGUUUCAAAGGAUGUUAAAUAUGCUGAUAAGCUGCCAGUGGUAUCAUGGGGACCCAGGUUCAGCAAGUCUGAUGUCAAAGAUAUGCGUAUAAAUAUGGCUAUAUCUGCUGUAUUUAUUGCUUGGAUUUACAUCACGCGCAUUGCUGAAUGGAAGCCAAUACAGUUUAUGGGUUUCGUGUUUGUGUAUCGGAUAUUUGAGAAGUUGAAAGCCUUUGAACCACCUGUGUCUCCAACGUUCACUGAAGAAGGUGAGGAUGAAGGACGGGGUUUACGCAUGGGGAAACGACUUCUUCGAUCUCUUUGUCUAGUGUUUGGUUGUAUUGGUGUUGCUUCCUUGGCAUUCACUGGUGUUUUAAACCUGAUCGAGUAUUCUGGCAAGUCCAUACCUGUUGCCCUUUACAAUAGCCAGGAACUAAUUGUCACAUGUGCUUCAGCCAUUCUUCUCUAUAUCAUGGCUUCCUUUUACAGAUGAUGAUUCAGUCUCAUAAACUUGGUAACAGAUUUUGUAUGUAUUCUGAAAGUUGUGAGUGGUGACUGCCAAUUUUGUCAACUACAUAUAUUCAUCCUUACCUUCUGUAUUAUUUGAGUACUUUGUGUAGUGUAGCUUGUCCACUAACUGUAAAUUAGUGAUGAAUUCUCUUUUGUUUGCCUGAUCACAUGCAUCAGGUAACCGAUAUUUUUUUUUUUAAUUAAUAGAGUACACUUGAUGCUUUCGAGAAACAGAAUGUGUGAGAUUACAUCCACUUUUGAGAUCGUGAUGGCAUUUUGUAACUGUAUUAAUAGAUUCAGACAUUCAGUGGUGCCUCAA